UUUAGCAACAUUUUAAAAUAUGUUAGGAAUACGAAAAGCAGAUUUUAAAAUACAUAAAACAAGCAUUUUAGGCAAAAAUUCAGAUUAUAUAGGUCUGUACCCUGAGGCAUGGUCAACUAUUUCCUGAAAGGGCUUGUGCCUACAGAUAAAAUAAUAACCAUAGGUUACAAAUAUUCUGCAUCUCUCCCCUCUGCCCCACCCCCUCUUGGAGUGCUUUAAUUAGAAAGAUACUAACAUAGAUUAAAGUCUUAGCCAUGCUCAAUUCCUCCCUUGACCUGGAGAAAACCACAGCCAUCGAGAAAAUGCUGUGUUAGAAAACAUCGAAAGUUUUCUCCAAACGCACCAGUAAGCUGAAAUAGAGCACCCAGGAAGUGGACUGCAAGUAAGAGGGAAAAGUGACCUCGUUACACACUCAUGAUUUGACCCAUAUGUUCUUACCUUCUGGGUCAGAACAUUGAAAAGUGUCCAGGGCACUGCUUCCAUGCAGAAGUUUAACUUUCCAUUGCAGGGACAGCCUAAGGUCAUCUUCCAAAUAUAAGGGAAGGACCUGCUGGCUUGCUCUUUAUACUUGCAUUAUGUUGGGUAUUUAUGUACAGGACACACCACAAACUGCUGAAGCAGUAUGGGAUUCAAGCAGACCAAAAAGCAAAUCCUUGCAUGGUACUUAGAGUCCAGCGAGAUAAAAUGAUGGAUCAAAGGAUUAUUUCUGCUUAAUGAAGCAUUUUGGGUUUUGAGUCAUUGGGCUCAGUUUUCAACAGGAUGUUGUACUCAAGGGUGGAAUUUGGAAAUUCCACUAUAGCCAUAUAAUCAAUCCACUCUGAUUAAUUUAAUUGAAACAACUCUUGAUGAAGCCCUGGUGCUCUUAUAAUUUAAAAUUUAGAAAUGGGCAGGGAGAGGGAUGGAUGAUGGGAAGGAUUUUUUUUCCCCCUCUGAAAUUAGCUUAGUGUAUUAAUUCAGAAAGUAGUUGGUUGCAUCUGAUUGUAUGCCUUAGUAAUCUGAACCAUCUGCCUCUCUAUACUGAGUUCACCUCUUUAAUCCAGCUUACACCCCACAAACCACUCUUCUCUGUCAUUAUGCCCUUGAAUCGAUGAGGCUGUGCAAAGUCCUUUGCUUUUAAAUGUGUUGCUGUCGUUGAAGAUAUUUGGAAAUUCUGUGUUGGUUUUUUUUCCUUCAGAUUUUGUCUGGGUCUUUGGUUUUCUUUUCCUGGGUCAGAAACAAUGGCUUUCCUUAUGAAAACUAUGAUAAGUAACCAGGUAAAGAAUUUAGGACUUGGAGGUGGGUCUGAAGAAAAAAAAGAAGAAGGAGGUACAUCCGACCCUGCAGCAGCUCAUGGGAUGACUAGAGAGGAAUACGAGGAGUACCAGAAGCAAGUCAUUGAGGAGAAGAUGGAAAGAGAUGCUGCGUUUACACAAAAAAAGGCAGAGAGGGCGUGCCUGAGAGUUCACCUCAGAGAAAAGUACAGACUCCCAAAGAGUGAAAUGGAUGAGAACCAAAUCCAGAUGGCUGGAGAUGAUGUGGAUUUGCCCGAAGAUCUCCGGAAAAUGGUAAAUGAAGAUCAAGAAGAAGAAGAAGAUAAGGAUUCUAUUCUUGGGCAGUUACAGAAUCUUCAGAACAUGGACUUGGAUACCAUAAAAGAGAAAGCCCAGGCUACCUUCACAGAAAUCAAGCAGACGGCAGAGCAGAAGUGUUCUGUGAUGUGAGGGGCAGGGUGGGUGUGGAGGAGGGACCAGGUCCAGGUGGAGGCGGCCACUGUCCUGUGGAGUGUUUCAAACCGCGUAUACCUGAACGUAGUGAGCAGUUAGAAGAACCAUGAGGAUCAGGCUGUCUACAAAUACAUGGACAACAACUUGGUUGUUCCUAAAUGUUCCUGGUAGAGGGUUUAGCGAGCACCCUAUAGCAGGAAUCACAUGGUCCUUUUAGUUAUAACUAUGGUGAAGCAUGAACUUUCAGCUGAGAAAGAGGCAGAACACACAUCUGCCUAAAGAUCCUCAGGACAGCCAUGAAGCAACACAAGCCAAUGGCAUUUGUCUCUGACUUCUUAGAGGGCAAGUUCUCACCCUGUCCAACUAUUAGCAGGAGUCCAGGUCCCCUCAGAGAAAGAAGGUCAGGGUGCCCACAGGGAGCCCAGGCUGCAGGCUCAAGGUCCAUCAAAUCUCACCCCACCUCUUACUCCAGCCUCCUUCGUGUCCUUGAUGCUUCUCAUUGAAUUAUACAUGAAGCCAAGGGGCAGGAUCUGGAACUAGACUUUGCCACUAUUUGCACUGUAGAUCAUCAUUCUAGAGGCUUAUGAAGAAUGGAUUCAGGUGGAGGUGGGAGUUGGGUGUAGGGGCUAGAGGUGGGGGGCAAGGGCAACUAGAAAGUCUACGGCUGUUUCUGCAUUCCCUGUCAUCUCUUGUCUGAACUUGGUGAUAGCAUGCGGACAGAAGGGAUUGACACAUAGCAUUGAGAAGUUAAAUCAGUCUCUCUGCAUGUGUCUCUUUCUCUCUCUCUUCCC